GCGAAGAAUGUGUAGAAAAACCGCUAUUGCUCAUUUGGCGAACAUUUUGUAGCAGGCAACGUGCUGACCUACCAAUGAAACUUACUGUGACAAGAUCCGGGCUCAAGGCGGAAACGAAGCAGCAAGGCAUUACCGAAUACUGGUCGCAUCGAAUCACAUAUUGUCUUGCACCACCAACGCUGCCACGUGUAUUUUGUUGGGUGUACAAGCAUGAGGGGAAACGAAUGAAACCUGAAUUGAGGUACCGCUUCUUUUUCUCUUUAAGAGUGCCAAAUUCCCCUUAUUUUACGAAACGAAAUAAGAUAUUAGGCAUGAAAAUUUUUCAUUUUUUGGACCUGGAAUUUCUUGAGUAUCGGCGCGAGAAGCUCUGCCGACAAAACGCUAGGCUUAAUGCCCAGGCUGUUGGCCAAACUUUUACUGGACCCAAGAGGAAGCUGUUAUUACAAACGGGUUCGCUGAAUUUUCGUCCUCCCGUAAGUCGCUCGAAGAGUGCUCCACGUUUAUUCUCAAUCGAUGAAGAAGAUGAAGACCCAGAGGAUCAGCAGACGGAAUAUUCGGAUGUCGAUUCACUGGAAUAUCGAGAAUCACCGAUUGGUGACGAUGCGUGCAGUACCAAUAGCAUCGCGAGUAGUACAACGCCAGUGACACAUUUUUCACGACAAAAUUCUGAUACGGGUUUGUCAGGUUUCAAAAAAAUUUUCAACCUGUUCUUGCGCUGCUAAAU